AAGAAUUUUGCAACAGUGACUCUCUACAUUUCUUUUUGUCAGUUUUUGUAUUUUUUAUUUAAUCUCUGUGUGAGUUUACUUCCAUGACUGUUAGUGGGAAGACUGACUUUAAUUAAGGAUACUUUUGCUUUUGUUAACACCUCAGAAAAUGGGGAUUGGCUCUGAAAUCAAUAUUUCAGAUCACGAAGCACCUUAUGGAGGAGAAAGUGCCUUUACCCAGCUGGAGCACAACAUAGUGGCUGGAUAUCUUAUUACUGCAGGUGUCAUAAGUUUAGCAAGCAACAUUGUGGUGCUGCUAAUGUUUGUGAAGUUCAAGGAGCUGCGCACUGCCACCAACUUUAUCAUCAUCAACCUGGCUUUGACUGACGUUGGAGUGGCAGGUAUCGGCUACCCCAUGUCAGCUGCCUCAGACAUCCACGGCAGCUGGAAAUUUGGCUACACUGGUUGUCAGAUCUAUGCAGCUCUCAACAUCUUUUUUGGCAUGGCCAGUAUCGGCCUACUGACUGUGGUGGCCAUCGACCGCUACCUAACCAUCUGCAGACCAGACAUAGGGCAGAAAAUGACAAUGCGAUCAUACAACCUUCUGAUCCUGUCAGCAUGGCUGAACGCUGUGUUCUGGUCCUCCAUGCCCAUCGUGGGCUGGGCUGGUUACGCCCCCGACCCCACUGGAGCUACAUGCACCAUCAACUGGAGACAGAAUGAUGCCUCCUUCAUCUCUUACACUAUGGCUGUGAUUGCUGUGAACUUUGUGAUGCCUCUCUCCAUCAUGUUUUAUUGCUACUACAACGUGUCGGUCACAGUGAAGAGAUACAAAACCAGCAACUGCCUGGAGAGCAUCAACAUCGACUGGUCCGAUCAGAUGGAUGUCACCAAGAUGUCCAUAGUAAUGAUUGUCAUGUUCCUGGUGGCCUGGUCUCCCUACUCCCUGGUGUGUCUCUGGGCUUCUUUUGGUGACCCCAAGACCAUCCCUGCCUCCAUGGCUAUCAUCGCUCCACUCUUUGCCAAGUCCUCCACCUUUUACAACCCCUGCAUUUAUGUUAUUGCCAACAAAAAGUUCAGAAGAGCCAUCAUAGGGAUGAUCCGAUGUCAGACCAGGCAACGAAUCACCAUCAGUACCCAGGUUCCCAUGACAACAUCCCAACAAGCCCUGACCCAGUGAGAUGAAGUUACGUCAGUGUAACAUUGGAUUAAACUAAUCUGGCAUUAAACCCACAUAUAGAAGAUUGCUAUGAUGAAAUAUCAUGAAUCAUUGUCAGUGUUUUUAUUUCUAUUCCAACUGUUUUUCUGUUGAAUAAUCUAAUGCACUGUGGUGUUUACUGUAUACAUUCUGCUUGGCAUUGUAGGGAUGG